AUAAAGUCAACUUGCAGCGUGCAGAGCUCGUGUCCAACAAACCAUCGAAAACAAAAAAAAAAUAUAAAAAUGUUCAAAUUCGUGUUGAUUGCCAGCCUGCUGGUCAGCGUUGCCUUUGCCGCACCCCCACAAGAUGCUGAUGAUGCAGCGGAAAAAGCAGAAUUAGAAAGAAUGCAGAAUGAAAGUGCCCAAUACGCCUUCAACAGUGACAUUGAUGAUGGAAUCAACGAUGGCAUGAUUAAGCGUGAGGAGACACGUGACGGCACAAAAGUCACCGGCAAAUAUUCCUACAGUGAUGGUUAUGUCAUGCGCACAGUUCACUAUGAGGCCGAUGAGAAUGGUUACCGUGUUGUGAAGGAAGAGAUGCAGCAAAUCGGCGAGGGUCCUGUCUUCAAUUCAGAGGGCCAGGCCGAUGUGCAGGGAUCUCUAAUCGGCAAAUACUCGAUCAAACUGGACAAAGCUGAUGAUGAAAAGCACUACAAGGACGCUCGCCAAUAAACUGCCGACCAUUCAGUAUGUCGCAAAAGUUUCUAACAUUUAGAAAUGAACUGAUUAAAACUUAAAUGAAGUACAGAAACGAAUCUAAUUUUUACCAUGUUGUUAUUGUGUAUUAAAAGACAAAUUAUAUCCGAAAAUUUAUAAACAACUUUAAAAUGUGA